AUGCGAAGCAAAUCCAUAGUGAAAAUCCGAGAAACUCAUUCCGCACAACAUUACCACAUCCAUACAUAUCCCGUUCUGGGAGAGAAGACGUGGAUGCAGCAAUUAAAGAACAGCGCCAUACCAAAAGGGAUUGCAUCAGAACUCCUAUCUGCUCCAGCGCCACCGCCAGCAUUACCCGGCCCAGCAAAUUGGUCCGGCCGGUUUCUGGACAGGUGUUUCCCUCCCGGUAUCUGGACAGGUGUUGUCCACCCGGUAUGUGGGCAGAAGUUGUCCAUCCGGUUUUUCUGGGCAGGUGCUGCCCACCCGGUUUCUGGGCAGGCGCUGGUUUUCCUGGAUAACGGGCUGUCCAACCGGUUUGACGGGAGAGUCGAUCGGGUACAAAGGUGUACCGGGGAGGAGUCCUUGCCGAUCCGGGACUCGGUUGACCGCUUGCCGAAGAGAAUCUCCCUGCCGAGCCGGUCAAACCGGCACAUACCAGCCUUGCACUAG